CAUAUGGGCACCCAAUAAGCAGCCUGUUUUGUUGUUGGAUUGGCUAUAAAAAUCCUAAAUCCCCUCAGCUCCUGGCUGCUGGCACCAAGGCUCACUAACAGCAAGCAGAAUGGCCUUUCAGUCUGUGCUUUUUGUUUUCUUAGCUGGACUGGUAUUUUUCUCUGAAGCUGCACCACUGGUCUCCCAUGGCUCUGUUGAUUCCAAAUGCCCUCUUAUGGUGAAAGUGCUGGAUGCAGUCAGAGGAAGCCCUGCAUCUGACGUAAAUGUUAAAGUUUUUAAACAGGCUGAAGAUGGAAGCUGGCAGGACUUUGCUGUUGGGAAGACCACAGAGUAUGGAGAGAUUCAUGAUCUCACGACAGAAGAACAGUUUGUAGAGGGAAAGUACAUGGUGAAGUUUGAAACCAGCUCGUACUGGAAGGCGCUCGGGCUUUCUGCAUUCCAUGAAUACGCUGAUGUGGUGUUCACUGCUAAUGAUUCCGGUCACCGCCACUACACCAUCGCCGCUCUCCUCAGCCCUUUCUCCUACUCAACCACUGCUGUUGUCACUGAUCCCCAGGAAUAAACAUGUACUGUCUUUUCACACUUUCCUCCACUAGAUCAUAGGCUUUUAGGGGGAAGGUUUUUCCUACUGCUAAUGCAUAACUUUUUGCUACAUUAGUUGGGUUUUUUUCCAUUUUGUAACCUGGCAAACUUCAGACAAGUCAAUAAAAUAUUACUUCUUUAAAACAA